GUCGGCAACGUCCUGGUCAUCCUCGUCGUUGCCCUCAACCGCAACAUGAGGACAGUACCGAAUCUAUUCAUCAUGAACUUGGCUGUGGCAGAUCUCCUCGUCCUCGUCGUCUGCCUCCCGUCCAACCUCAUGACCACUCUUUUCGACCCGUGGAUGUGGGGCGCCUUGAUGUGCAAGAUGGUGUCGUACAUCCAGGGUGUCUCCGUGACGGCGUCGGUCCACAGCCUCGUCGCCGUCUCCUUUGACAGGUUCUUGGCGAUUUGGUUCCCGCUGCAGCGGCAGAUGACGAGGAAAGCCGCCAGCAUCAUCAUCGUCUUCAUCUGGCUGGAAAGCACCCACCUCUUGAUCCCUUGGGCCAUCGUGUUCCACGCUGAGGACGACCGUUGCAGGGAGGAGUGGACGGAUCCCCUCACGGAGAAGAUCUACUUCAUCGUCGCCAAUCUCGUCAUCUGCUAUCUCGCUCCCUUGCUGCUCAUCUCCAUCUGCUACAUACUGAUAUUCGUGAAAGUGUGUCGACGGGACAUCCCCGGGGAACGUACGAAUUACGAUCAACACGUCAUGGAGCUUCAUCAGAGGUCGAAAUUCAAGGUGAUCCAGAUGCUCCUGGUCGUCGUGGUCAUCUUCAUCCUCUCCUGGUUCCCCACCUACCUGAUGUACAGCAUCUACAAACUGGGCGACCCCCAACUCCUCGGAGACUGGGCCAAAUCGUUGAUCCCCAUCGCGCAAUGGCUCGGCGUCUCGAACUCCUGCAUGAACCCGAUCCUCUAUGCCUUCUUCAAUAAGAAGUUCAGGAAAGGGUUCAGCAUGCUGGUUCGAGGACGGGGAUAUCGAACCAGCUUCAUCGCUCCGAAUUCGGGAAUGAGCCGGGGAGAGACGUUCCGAUCCUCCUUCAUGAGCUCCAGCGUCAUGAAGAAGUUUGCGGAGAGGCGGAGACGAGGAAGAGAGCGAAAUAAUGGCGUCCUGAGGCAUUCGAUUCGUCUCUCGACUGAGGUAGAAGUGGAAGCGGCGCAUCCUCGGAUCCACCGGCAGGAGGCCUUCGACGAGAUCCAAGAGGACGAGCAUUCCCAGGUGCCCGAACUGGGUCAGUGUCCGAGGAUCCAAGAGAGGGACAUGACGAGGCAGCAUUCCGACGAAAGCACGGCCAGCUCCAGCUUCCUCAUCAAGCCCGAGCGAAUUCUGUACAUGAACCGCCGCUUUGUCUCGUGA